AUGGACCUGUUGCUCGAUUAUUUCGCAAAUCCGUACUUUGACAUUGUCCUAAUAUACCACUACCUUGGGAUCGUGACGUUCAUCUUUAAUUUCGGCGGUAUCUGGGUGAUCGCGCCCACUAUGAUCUGCUACGUCCUGCCAUUAGCCUGGAUGUUAUCAGCGAUCAUGUUCAAUAUCUGGGUUCCCCUGAAUCAGGUUUUCUCCGACGUGGCCUGUAUCGGGAUGGCCUGUCAGAGCACAGCCUGCAUCAGCUCCGCGAUUUUUUUAAACCGGGGCUCCAGAAAUUACCUAAAAGCCGCCUGGCAGCGGAUAGUAAAGCACAAAGUCGUGGAAUAUCGCGCCCGCAUCGUGACGGUCACCGAGCUAGGCAGUCAACACGUCGUGUGCCGUAAA